AACUUUAAGUCAAGCAUGAGUUACAGGACUGUGGUGAUGUACAUGGAGAUUGGCUGCUUUGUAGUCUGUGUAACAGGAUGGAUCAUGGUUUGCUCCACAAUGCCCACAGAGAUCUGGACAUGGUCUGAGGUCGACAGCAUCGUGUUGACCACCUCAAACUACUUCUCCAACCUGUGGAAGGAUUGUAUAUCUGAUUCAACUGGAGUAUCUGACUGCAAGGGAAUUCCAUCAAUGCUGGCUCUGCAUUGGGACAUUCACAUGUGCCGGGCUCUGAUCAUCAUCUCUAUUAUCCUGGCUUUCUUUGGAUCAAUUCUAGUCUUAGUGGGAAUGAAGUGCACUAAGGUUGGUGGAUCAGAGAUUGUUAAUGCAAGAGUAACCUUUGCUGGGGGCAUGAACUACCUUAUUGGAGGGAUGUGUUCUAUGGUUGCUUUCUCCUAUUAUGGAAACAAAAUUAGAGCAGAAUUCCAGGACCCUAACUACAAACCUCAAAAAUUUGAAAUAGGCGUUGGUGUCUUUAUCGGCUGGGGAGGCUCCACCUUACUUGUUGUUGGAGGCCUUAUUUUCAGUAUCUUUUCAGGGAGGGAAGGAUGCCACUCAAGCUCAAAAAGAUACCCCGACUACCAGUUGCCUGAUGCCUACACAGUUGUUUCGGCAAAAAAAAGCAUUUCUUCAGCUCGCACAGUGACUAGUGGGAGCAGAAAAUCCGGGACCAGCAGUGGCAGCAGAGGCAGCAGAGGCAGCAGCGUCUCUGGAAUCACCGCGACGACCAAGACGACAGCUACAAAUGCAUACGUGUGA